AUAGGGAGAAGGAGGGAAGAAGGGAGGACUGAGUAAGGAGAGCAUUUAGUAGCCACACUCCGUCACUCAGUCACUCUCCCCUAGGCAGUGACGUCCUCCACUGCAAACAGCUGCUGCCAGCCAGGCCCCCCCUCGUCUCUCAGCCACGAUGACCCGCGCCCUCAGCCUCAGCCUCGGCCUCGGCCUCCUCCUCCUGCUCCUGCUGCUGUCCCUCUGCUGCCCCGCCCGCGCCGAGCCUCAGCGGGCCGCGGCCCCCCAGCGCAGGUCGGCUCGCGCGCCGGCCGCCAAAGUGCGCCUGGCGGGCAACUUUGCGCGCGAGCCGCACGAGGGGCGCGUGGAGGUGCUGCACAACAACACCUGGGGGACCGUGUGCGACGACGAGGUGAACAUCAAGCUGGCCAACGUGGUCUGCCGAGAGCUGGGCUUCCAGGGCGGCAUAACGUGGGCACACAGCGCCAAGUACGGCGAAGGAGAGGGUCCAAUAUGGAUGGAUAAUGUACGCUGUGACGGCUCAGAGAAGUCAAUAAAGGACUGCAAACACAACGGCUGGGGGGUGAACGACUGCAAACACUCCGAAGACUUGGGGGUGAUGUGCACCUCCGAGCGCCGGCUGGACCUGGCGGCCAGCAGAGGCCCCACCACUGCCGUCAGGCCCAAUGGCAGCCCCGCUCCCCAGUGGCAGGGCCAAGUGGCCACCCGCAGGCAUCCAGGAUAUGGCUACAAUGGAAAUGGACAUCCAUACGAGGCCCCCAGGUUCACCAGACACCACCAACACCAGGGUAAGGUGCGAAUCGAGGAGGUCCGCCUCCGUCCUGUCCUUAUGGCUACCAAGAAGAAGGACCUGGUCGCAGAGGGUGUGGUGGAAGUGAGGCAUGCUGGGAGAUGGAGGCAGGUGUGCGACCAGGGUUGGAGUCUCAACAGCAGCCGGGUUGUGUGCGGGAUGCUCGGCUUUCCAGAGGCUACUCAACACAAUGUGAAAACAUACAAGAAAAUCUGGGAUACCAAGGUGGCAGAUCCUUCCACAAGAUUGAGCGUCAUGGCGAAGAAGAAGGGAUUCUGGGUAGAAAAGGUUCACUGUCUGGGUUCUGAGAACACCUUGUCGGAGUGUCAUGCCCAGCUGUCCAUCCCCCGUAGUCCCACCCCUUGUAAGAACGGGAGGCAUGCAGUGGUCAAGUGUGUACCAGGACCCCAGUUUGCUCGCAUCUCCUCGGGAAGACCCCAGGCCCCUUAUCCAGUUGUGCCCGUGCGUCUGAAGGCAGGCCCCAGGCUGGGGGAGGGUCGUGUGGAGGUGCUCCGGGACGGUAAAUGGGGGACCAUUGUGGACCACAUGUGGGAACGAACUGCAGCCAGUGUGGUUUGCAGAGAACUGGGCUUUGGAUCUGCCAAGGAUGCCCUGCAAGGAGCCUUCAUGGGUCAAGGUACUGGACCAAUCCAUAUGAACAGUGUCCAGUGUAUGGGGUCAGAACGCUCCAUCCUAGACUGCUACUUCCAGGAGGUCCAACCAUGGACAUUCAAACAUACCCAGGAUGCCUCAGUGCGCUGCAACAUCCCCAAGACUGGCAUGGAGAACACGGUGCGGCUCGCAGGUGGUAGACUCCAAUCGGAAGGCCGUGUGGAGGUGUUGAUGGAUGUUGGGGGUCGUAAGCGCUGGGGCUCUGUCUGUAGUGAGAACUGGAGCAUCAACGAGGCCAUGGUGGUGUGCAGACAACUUGGCCUGGGCUUCGCUGCCAGUGCUCAUCAGGAGACCUGGUACUGGACCGGUGACCCAAAUGCAGCAGAAGUGAUCCUCAGUGGAACCCACUGUGUGGGCACAGAGCUUUCCAUUCAGCAAUGCCGUCGCAACAACCAUGUCCAUUGUCCUCGAGGAGGUGGAACUAAGGCUGCCGGGGUCAGCUGCUCGGAAACGGCACCUGACCUCGUUCUGGAUGCCCAGCUGGUCCAGGAGACAGCCUACCUGGAAGACCGACCCCUCCACCUGCUGACCUGUGCCAAUGAGGAGAACUGUCUGUCCUCGUCUGCUGCCAGGAUGAACUGGCCCUAUGGCCACCGACGCCUGCUGCGCUUCUCCUCUCGUAUCAUGAACCUGGGUCGUUCCGACUUCAGACCCAAAGCUACAAGAGAGAGCUGGACAUGGCACCAGUGUCACAGGCACUACCACAGCAUCGAGGUGUUCACACAUUACGACCUGCUGACUCUGAAUGGCACGAGGAUUGCGGAGGGACACAAGGCCAGUUUCUGUCUGGAGGACACGUAUUGCCCCGAUGGAGUCCAGAAGCGGUUCUCUUGCUAUAACAUGGGUGACCAGGGCAUUUCUGUGGGCUGCUGGGAUACCUAUCGCCACGAUAUCGACUGUCAGUGGAUUGAUGUGACAGAUGUGCGGCCAGGAGACUACAUCUUUCAGGUGGAAGUCAACCCCGCAAUGGACAUGGCUGAGUCUGACUUUAUGAACAAUGUGAUGAGAUGUCGGUGCAAAUACGAUGGCCACAGAGCGUACAUGUAUGGGUGUCAUGCAGGUGAUGCAUACAGUGCGGAGACUGAAGACCUGUUUGAGCACCAGAGGCAAAUCACCAACAACUUUGUGUAGCCCAUCCCAGGGCUCAGUACGAAGGCCUUCCUGUGGGGCCUAGAGACUACUCAGGAGGGGCUGAGGUCGAUGGGCCUGGGCCCUUGGGACCUUAGCACCCACAAUAACAGAGAACACACGCAAAAAUGGUGCCUGUUCAUCUCCUCGGAAGAUGUGGAUACAAUAUCCACAAGCGCAUCAUAUCACAACAGCGACCAUUGCAGAGACUCAACUCAAACAUCCAUUUACGACAAGAGUGGGACAGGUGCCAGGCGGCUCAACAUGUUUUUUACUCUAGUUAUGUCAGAAGCUAUAGGAUUUUGUUUCAAACUAUACUGAUUUUUGUGAAUGUGGACUACUAGUAACUUAAGUUAGUUAUUCAAAAAGUAUACGCAUGAAAAGACAAGAAAUAAUCUGUCACAAGGACAAUGGGGAAGUCGUCAUUGUCCCACGCUGGAAGAAAAUCGGUGAACAUUUUUAUAAUAAUUGUGAGUUUGUGUUAUUUCUAUUGCAAAAGGCUGAUUAAGUGCACUUGAAGCAAAGAAGUACUAAAAUUGGCUCUUUUUUCUUUAUUCUACCCAAAUUCUUUACAUAUUGGAUCAAUUUGUAACUGUUAGGCAUGUACAUAACCUGAAUUUGGUGCUCUUUAAAAAAUACUGUAUGGUCUUAUAUUAACCUCACUACAUUUCAGGUGAACAGUGUUGUACAAUACACUGGGUAGUUUUCCCUUACAGUUAAUUGUUGCUUUGGUUUGAACAAAAUCAUCAUUUUGUAAACGUGAAGUCGUGCUACAGACUUUUGCUUCUUAUCUGAAUAGGUAAGGAGAGGUCAAACGAGUUUAAUGGAACAAAGCACUUUAUCUUUUAAACAUCUGUAUUCUACUUUUGGCCCCACACAAUUUUAAUAAGAUACCAAAUUGAAUUUUAAGGUGUAUAUCAAAAAAAAAAUAUACUUUACUGUGUUUUACUUUCAGAAAGUAAAAUAGAAGGUUUCUGUUUAGUUUUCAUAUUCAAUGUACUAUUUAUGCUGUACCUUUAUUUAUUCAUGGAUUUCACACUUACACAGCAUGCUCAGUAACGAGUUUGUUAGUUAGCAUUUAAUGAACAAUACUGGAUUUUUGUUGUUGUUGAUAUAAUUAACCAGGGACAAAAACAUUAUCUCAUAUAGUAUUGUGCAUGAUGCAGAGGAAUAAUCCCAGAUUUAUUUCAUUUUAGUAAAAAAAAAUAAAAUCUGUAGUUUUUCACUUGCAGCCUCUGAGAUGGGAGGGAAAACCAUACUGACAAAACCACAGUGUUGUGGUAGACAGGCAGGCUGGGUUUUGAGAGCGUAUAAAAAAACCUUUUAAUUAUGUCUGUUUGGGUUAGACUUAAGGUUACGGUUAAGGUUAGGGCUAUAGCAUGUGCUUUAUAAAGAAACACUACAGAAUUGUUACUUAUGGAAUUAGGGAAAGCAAGAAUCUGCAUUUCCAUCGUAACUCGUACAACCAACUACGAUAAGGACGAUUCAGUGUUUUCGGAGAGAUUCAGUAGCGGAAGUGGAAACAAGUUAGACGGAAAGAUGGAAAGGCAUGAUGUUUGGAGGAGGACUUGUGCAGACGUGCAGUUUUUACUACCAGAGCUGCCUUUUUGUAGGCAGCCAUGCGGCGACCACAAGUCGGCAUUUUCAGCUCCCCAACGAGAACAACAUGUUUGUCUGGGAGAACAAAAUAAACCCCUCAGUUCACGCUUCGACACAAUAAACAGUGGCCUGGUUUUUUUAACGAAAACUUGGCCUGCGAAACUGUAUCUCUCUACACUGACUUUGCUGAAUAAGUACGUUUUUAGCGCCACACCAAAACCAUGAUGCAACUCCAUUUGCUUUACAACAUGGAACUUGGGUUAAUCAUGUCGUUUUACCACAUUAAUGUGUUUGGCUUAUUGUCUUAGCGGUUAAAACCUGUUAAGAUGGUGUCCAGUGGACAGUUUCCAGGACACGCUGAGGAAAGGACACGUCACUCAUAAAUACUUAAUUAAUUUCUUUAACAGAUUGUCUUCCUCCGCAUUGGCCUUUAUGAUCUUGUCUCACCAACGUGAUUUUGAGUUUGUAGCCUUUUAGAUUGACAGAGUCGGCCCUUUCACUCAAAUCCGUGGCUGCAAAUGUUGGUAGAUCGAAACUGAGAGUCUAAAAUGAGUGUUUGCUGACAUACUUUUUUUUGUGUGGGGGGGGGGGGCUUGUGUACAGUUAAUAUUGACAUAUUACCAUGGUCUAUUCUGUGUGUUAUUUAAAAUUAUAUGACUUCACAUAGCUUAAGUUGGUUCAUAUUCACCACUCUCAUCAUAUUACUGUAUCGUUACCCAUGCUAUAGCACCGGGACAACGUUUUCCAUGGCCAGUUACGCUUUUAUUUUGUCUUACAAACACUGAGAGUGUGCGCUACGUGGUGCUUAUCAACAACUUUAUUCAUAGAAAGCUGUGCUCUCAGGGACUUUGACCUCAUCUAAAGAGUAAUAAUAAUAUAUCAUGUGACGUGAUUAAGGUUUGCUUUCUUUUAAUCUGUGAUGCAUACACGAUGACGACAAAUGAUAGGCGGCUUUUUCUCUCCCCUUUUCUUUUGUCAGCAGUCUCACGAGGAGCAAUCUGUACCCAUGUUUAGUUUGUAGGUUAACAUUUACGGCGUGCCGGUGAGAAGCCUUGUCGGGUUUUGUGUUGCGAAAAGUUUGGGUAACUGUGGACACACACUGGCUGAGUCAGAGGCAAAUUUCAGCUAAAGAACAAAUCACAAUGCAUUCAUUCAUCAUUACUGUGAAUCAAUAAAACUUCAUCACAUACCAA